GGAGUAUUAAACGCGGCAAAUGGAGAAUUCUGUCUACGACUGUUAUGCUUCCUUUCCCAUAAAUCCAAAGUCCAUGGAAGUGCAUUCUCCUCAAUCCCCAAAUUUCCCUUUUGAUGAAAAGCGUGAUUUGUAUCAUGGGGUAGUGGAACAGUGGCUCUAUCGUUUUAUAAGGUGUGGAAUUCCUCUGCAGAUUAAGUUUCAUGCAGAGGACCUUAGGGUUUGGAAGAGAGGGAAGGGUAUUAACCACACUGGCACUCGAAAAAGAGAUAGCGUUCCAUCAAGAACGAAAUGGAAGCUGGGAACACUUCAACCCCUGUUGUGCAGGAGAAUUCUGUGCUGAACAGAGUCCAUUCCAACAUUGACCGGUUGCCGGAUGAUAUCCUCAUUACCAUCUUAUCACUUUUGACAGUUGAAGAAGCGGCAGCAACUAGUAUCCUUUCUCGCAGAUGGAGAUAUUUGUGGAUGCACACUACUGGGUGUUGGAGCUUUGAUUUUUCUGAGGAGGUCAAGGUGAUGGUUGAUAAAAUGGGUGUUAGUAGGGUUAUGGACAUACUUCUGCAUCAUUCAUUUGGAAGGUUGUGUUUGGUUACUAAUGUCACAGCUUUACAUCGCGGCCCAUAUCUUAACGAAUUCAGGAUAGUUGCUUACCUGGAUCCAAAAACUUGAAUUGGACUUCAAGAACUGCUUCGUAUUCCGUCCAUUGAAAAGAUAUAGUUUUCCCAAUCUUGAGGAAUUCAAACUUUUGUUAGCAGCAGGUGUUAUGAAAGUCCUCCAGUGCCAGCAUCAUCUGAGUGGGGUAAAACUCGGGGUUCAUCAUUUAAGGGGCUUUGGUUGUCUAAGAGCCCUUUGUUUGGUAUGUUGAUAUCUCUGAAGAGGUUCUGGACUGUAUCUUCUCCAACUGUACAUCACUUGAACGUAUAUCUCUAGAAGAAUCAUAUGAACUAGUGAAUCUAAAAGUUCACGGCCUUCAUUUGAGGUAUUUUGAGAUGAUAAACUGGUUUAACCUGAAAUCUCUGGAGAUAUCUGCAGCGAAUCUUGAGUUGUUUACUUAUUUAGGACCCAAUAUAGAUGUUCCUUUCGGAAGUGGUCCUCAGUGCCUUUUGGAAGCAACAAUCGGAGGAUCAUUUGGUGAAUCAUUUGUUUUUGGAUCUGCAAAGCAUUUGGUUUAUCUUUCUCAACUGGAAACUCUUACCUUCGAUGUCUCUUUUGAGGUUAAUUUGAGAAUUUCCAGCUUUCCAAACGUUUUCUGAGAAAUGAUUAAUCUCAAGCAUUUGGAACUGAAAGUGAGGCUUUCUGGUUCACAAAGCCUUCUGCCUUAUACAACUUAUAUAAAGGCCUGUCCUUUCUUGUCUACAUUCAGGAUAAAGUACUUCCUGCAGUGGCCUUUCACUCUGCAUCAGUCACUCAUUGGGGUACAUCCAUAUCAUACGAGAAGGUCUGAAGCUAAUAGAUAUGCUCAUCAACACCUUGAAGUGGUGGAGUUGAUUGGAUUUCAUGGCUGUGCAAACGAACUUAACCUUGCCACCCGCUUGCUUCAGAUUGCUGUGAACCUCAAGAGAAUGGUUUUACAGUUUCAUUCUGAAAAACAAAAAGAAGAUCGCUCGUCCAGGAAGCUUGUUGCAAGGUUUCGAAAAACUUUACCUCCAGCAGUUGAGCUGGUGGUUUGCUGAAUCAUGGGGGACCUUUUCAGUCACAAACUUGGGAACCAAAAACAUUUGUUAUAUUAAUAAUGCUGAAACAUUAGAAGUGUAUUGCAGGCAACUAUGUUAUGUUCUAAUUACUAUUUGACUGUAAUAUGUUUGCUAAUGAUGAGAUGAAACAUAGAGACUCUUGGAGUUUGUACUGUUUAGCAAUGCUUGAAUGGGUGAUUAAGAAUGCUCAAUAUCAAUGUAGGGUGGGGAUUGUCUUCGAUUCCUCAUAAGAUAGUACAGGAAAUCGGUAAGUUGGAAUAUGAUCAAACAAAUGCCGUAUUUCUUGGUUUCUU